GCUGCCUUGUAAACACGAUGAAGAAAAAAAGAGGAAAUGUGUGAGUGCUAGGGUAGCCCGCCUUUUAGGGUACCCUCUCUCCUUAUAAACAGGCCCUAGUAGACCUUAAGCGAUUUACGCUGCCCUGUUAUCGAGUACGCUUGACCGGUUUUAUCUGAAAACAGUGGAUAAUCGUAGAACCCAGGUCUCUCGCGGACCGAAUUCCUAGAAUUCGACCUAAUUCUAGUUCUCAGAAUUACAGUUUGUACGAAAAUUUAUUUUAUAUUUCUGUGAUAAAAAAAUAGCUUUGAUAUUUUUCUAACUCCUUCGAAUAUCAACAUGACAAGAUACGAUAGCCAGGGCGUUCCAGUGUUGAGUUUUCAUAAUCCAGCGGGAACGAUUCUUUAUCCAACGGGUCUUUACACUUACGCUAUGGGGAAUACAAGAGCUAGAGACUUAACGGAGCUUUUGGGAACCUCGAAAGAACAACAUUUAGACUUGUUGCUUUUAGCUUCUGGUGAUAUAAGGAAUGUGUUGUGCACUGUAUCAGAUCUUUCUUUGAGAAAACGUCACGAGCGUCCUAAAAGUUUGAAUUUUCAUUUAAACGACUACGAUCCAUCGGUGGUUGCUCGCAAUGCUGUGCUUGUUGAAGCCGCUUGUGCGAUAAAUCCUGAAAUCCCAGAUGAUGUGGACUUCCUAUGGAAUAUCUGGUAUAACCUUGCAAUAUCGAAAGCUCAUUUUGACAGACUGCGAAAUGUUCUCUCUGAAUUGCUGGAGAAGGAUUUUGAGAGCGACGGGAGUGUUUUAAAGUUUCAAGAUAGCGCCGUUCUUAGGGAAUGUCGUGACAUAUGGAAGGACUGGAGGGAUCUCGAUCUUGAAGUACAAAGCAUAAAAGAGAGUAGAAACAGGCUAAUCGAAGAGCGAAGAAAAGAACUGAAAUUCAGUCGUGAUGACCAGUGCCUGUCUGUGCUAAGCCAAAUGGUAAAGUUGAUCUAUGAAGAAGCACUAGACCAUUUUUGUGAACCAACGUCGGCAAAUCCACUUUACGACGAAAUAAAGCACUGGUUCAGCGAAGGUUACACAAGCGAUGAAUCGGACAAGACAAACCCAACCUUAAUUCGUCCGUUUGUUCACAAAUGGAAGCAGCACUAUGGUUCUUGUGCGUUCGAAAGCUAUCCGCCUCUUGAAAGACAAGACCUCGAGCCUGAAUGCAAAUCGUUGGCAGCUGCUUGCAAGGAGCACCUAAUGCUGUGGGUGAAACGCUUCCAGGAACUGAAGAAAAAUCACUCAGCAACUUUAAAGGUUAUCCUGUGGAAUGGCGAUGCACUUGCCCUGUGUACUAGUGGCCUCCCUUCAGAAAGUUUGUUUGACGUCAUCGACACAAGUAAUGUCAGUGAUCACAUUGGCUUGCUGAAUGUUCUCGUUUGCUGUGCCCCAAGGCUAAAAUUGCCAAACACAUCUCUCUUGUUUACAUCAAGCUUGUUAUGGAGUGAUGAUUGUAAAGAUAUGGAGGAGUAUUACUUCAAAUGUGUUGGUGUUCCGCUGCCACUUCUCCCGACAGUUCUUGGUUUGAAGCUGACUGUUGAUCUUGAGCUGGGAAGCAGUAAACUGCCGGACAGAAUUCAGAGUAAAGAAGAAAUUCUUUGCUGGGUAAAAGCGGAGCAUAAAAGGACGGUGCUGACGAUAGAUAAAAGCAGUGACGUUGCACAAGCCCUACUUCGGCUGGCUGAGCGGUGUUUCAAUCUACUGAACGAAACACGCCAGAAGUUUGGUGUUCAAUCGCCCUCGCCACUGACCCUACUUCGAAUUAUUCAUCAGAUACAACCAUUGGUCAAAGGAGGAGCCACUCAGAUAUUUGAUCUUCUUGAAAGUGAGCUACCUGCCGAUUUCAACAGAAAGUUUGGUCUGUCUUGGAAUUUGUUAAAAGCAUCCGUAGGAAGCCACCGAGAGCCUAUAGUUGAAAUAAAAGCAUCCUCCAAGAUAUCGGUGGCCUCUUGGUACGAAGGAACGCCCAUCCCGAUGAUUUGUAUAGAGCGGGAGCACAGCGAUUUUGAACGGCUUCAGUCACAAUUGCGUUUAGCUAUGGGUGUGCCUGUAGAACCGACCAUUUCAGUAAUUUACAACAACUUACGAUAUGAUGACAACACACACAUCGUGACAUUCCAUCUGCGUGAAAAAGACUGGGAUGAGCUGAAGUCAACUUCCCGGAUGUGGAUCUCGUCAACAGCUGAUGAUCUCUUGAUCUUGUUUAAUAACUUGCUUCAAGUCAUAAAUCGUGAACCAGUUCCACUCGGAGACGAGAUCGUUAAAAGUGUUCAAGUGGUUGAUCCACUGGAGACAUUUGGUUUGUUCUCGGUACAAAACUUCACCGUAAAUGAAUCCAGUGAAAAUUGCCAAGUACUUAAGGUACUAAAAGUAGAGGAGAACACAUUCUCAUACUACGCAGAACUUGAAAUACUGGACUCGGUAAUCUGCAAAGCGAAAGCGAUGAAGAUUACUUUCCAUCCAGAGAAAUGCCCAACCGAAGUCCAAAUAGACUUUGAGGAUGCUAAAGGGUGGGUAUCAUUUUGAAAAAUACUGCCAAUUGAAUUGAAUUUUCAGAUUAUUUUUAUCUGCAAUCCUUUUAUAAAUGUAAACUUAAUUACAGAUUCUUAUUGUUGUUUUUGUUUUUGUUUUGUUUUUUUAUCAUAACAAA